CAAUCAGUCAUCACCGCCGCCCGACGGACUGUGUCCCCACUCCCCAGUGAGCCGCCGUGACCUCCCAGCCGCCCCAUGCUCACCCUCCCCGGUACCCUCCGCCGCGCGCGCGCUCCUCCUGGCCUCCCUCCCCGCCGCCACCUCUCCCGCCUCCUGGACCGUUACGGCUUCGUGGCCCCGGACUCCCUCACCCCGGCCCCGCGAGAACCUCACAGCGACACCGCCGACUCCGCCGCCGCUGCGAAGAAGCGCCGCGCGAAGAAGCCGCCCUACCGCCCUCCGUCCUCGCUGGACCGUGGCGGUCGCCCGCCCGCGCACUCCGACCUCCCCUUCGACUUCCGCUUCAGCUACACCGAGAGCACCCCGGCCUCCAAGCCCAUCGGGCUGCGCGAGCCCAGGUACUCCCCGUUCGGGCCCGGGCGGCUCGACCGGCCCUGGACGGGGCUCUGCGCGCCCGCCGUCGACGCUACCCUGCGGGACGUCGAGGCAGAGGACCCCCUUCCCGACGCCGAGAGGGGGCUUGAGGAGGCGCGCCGGCGAGAGCGGGAGCGGGUACUGGGAGAGCCUCUCACCCCCGCGGAGCGUGCGUUCUUGGUCGACAGGUGCCAGAAGAACCGCACCAAGCGUCAGAUCAACCUUGGGAGAGAUGGGUUUACUCACAACAUGCUAAGCGACGUUCACAACAACUGGAAGACCUGCGAGGCCGUCAGGAUAAAAUGCCUCGGCGUGCCAACGGUCGAUAUGCAAAACGUGUGCCAUCAGCUUGAGGAUAAAACUGGUGGCCUGAUCAUCCACCGGCAUGGUAGCCUGUUGAUACUGUACAGGGGUAGGCACUAUAAUCCAAAGAAAAGACCUGUUGUUCCGUUGAUGCUGUGGAAGCCUGCUGAACCUGUUUACCCGAGGCUAAUCAAAACGACAAUAGAAGGGCUCACAGUUGAGGAGACAAAGCAAAUGAGGAAGAAGGGCCUACAUGUUCCUGUUUUGACAAAACUUGCCAAGAAUGGAUAUUAUGCUAGUCUCGUGCCAAUGGUCCGGGAUGCCUUUUUGACGGAUGAGCUGGUUCGAAUAGACUGCAAAGGAUUGCCAAAAAGUGACUAUAAGAAGAUUGGAGUUAAGCUCAGGGACCUUGUUCCUUGCAUUCUUGUCUCAUUUGACAAGGAGCAAAUCAUUGUUUGGAGGGGAAAUGAAGAUGGGAGCCUACAAGAUCGAACACAGAAGUCAUUCCUUUCAUUUAUCGACUCAGAUGUUGCAUCAGUGAAGGAUGAGACUGGUGAUCAGGAACAAAUACCAAGUGAUUUGUCAUAUGAUGGGUGUUCUGAGAUGAAGUGCCAAAUUACAAAAGUAAUUUAGGACCUAGACUCUUUUAGGUUGAUCUGACAUAUCCAGAAUACACAGUUCACAUAGUUGCAAGCUCUACACAUCAACAAUGGAAUUGACAAGUCCUCAAUGUAAAAGUUUGUGUAUUCUCUAACCAUGAUAGUUGCAUUGUAUCACAUGUAAGCCAUGGUAAUUUCUAGAGAAAAUUCCACUGCAAUUUUGUCCAAGACCUUACUUGCCAUGCCAUUGUAAAUGUUCUAAUUCCUUAUAUUACCACUCGGAUGCAAUUUCUUACCUUUUCAUGCCAUUGCUAGUGGCAUAGAAGGGUAAAAAAGCUGCAUGUUCUAAUC